UAUCUGAUUGAGUAGCAUCUACGGAUAUCCUGUAGGAGAAGCUCUCAGAGCACAGGGCUAGGAAAGUCUAAUACCUCGACUUGGCUAUCAAGAUGAGCAACUUGGAAAAAUCUCUCUUUCAGCUCAAGUUCACGGCCAAGACGCUGCAGCGUCAAGCGAAGAAAGCCAACAAGGAUGAACAGACUGAGAAGAACAAGCUGAAGCAGGCUUUACAGAAGGGAAACAACGAGGGGGCUCGAAUCUACGCCCAGAAUGCCAUAAGGAAGAAGACUGAAGGUUUGAAUCUCUUACGCUUAGCCUCGAGGAUCGACGCGGUGGCUAGCAGGGUGGAGACCGCGGUGACGAUGCGGUCAGUGACGAACAGUAUGGGAGGUGUGGUGAAGGGUAUGGACAAAGCCAUGGAGAGUAUGAAUUUGGAAAAGAUCUCCCUCGUCAUGGACAAGUUUGAAUCCCAAUUCGCAGAUCUCGACGUCCAAACCAAUUAUAUGGAAUCUACAAUGAGCGAUACGACAGCCUUGGCAACACCACAAGAUCAAGUUGAUCAAUUGAUCGAUCAAGUGGCUGAUGAAGCUGGUCUAGAAGUCAGACAGGGUCUGGGCGAAGCAAAGGUGCCUGCGGCUGUACCGAAAGAGACGGAAAGCGAGACGAGAGUCGCAGUGGAGGAAGAUGGAAGAUUGGCAGAGAGAUUAAGAGCUUUGAGACCUGCAACUUGAUAUUGGAGAUCUUGGACGGGGAUG